AAUGUUUUUAACAUUGUUUUAAUCAGAAAAGUCUAUUUUGGUUUAAAAUCGAUUAAUCAAACAGCCUUACUGCCAUCCCUCCCACUUCAAACGGAUUGGACGUCUGUCACCGUCAAUGGCAUCCAAUGACUUCCGAAUAUUUUCACAACAAGUGUUUGUCGACUCUUUUGACGGGAGGCACUAGGACCCUUGCGCGUCGCUGCCGUCGGCGGGCGUUCGUCUGGGCUGAGUCACUGCGUGUGCGCGCGUCGUCAGUCGGAGCUCGGCUCGGCCAGCGAGAAGGUGAUGUCGCUCGCGGAGGAGAAGGCCACCAUGAUGGGUUGACCGCGAGCCGAGGGGGGGCGGAGGAGGGAGGGAGGCGCUCGCUUGCGCUCAAACAGGAAGUGUGUGCGUGCGUGCGUGCGUGCGUGCACCCGCGCGUGCCUUCCACGCCACGGCAGCCACGCGCUCAGCCAUGGAGACCAACAAAGUUCUUCAUUUCGUGCCGUUGGAGGCGCCUCCUUGUGGCAUGUCCAAAAACGGAUACUACUUUCAGGAAAUGGAGGGAGGCGGAGCCGGACGAAGACAGGGAGGGCCAGGGGGAGGUCCAGGACUCGCCCAUUACCUCCGCCGACGACGUCCAUCUUUACGACAGCCAGAUCACUCCCGGACAAGAAAGCGACGACUCCGGUUGCGUGCUGCUCAACACAUCCAGGAGGUAUGUGAAGCUGAUGAACUUCGAGGAGGAGAUCCGUGCCCACCGGGACCUGGACGGCUUCCUGGCUCGCGCCAGCAUCCUGUUGGACGAGACUGCGGCGUCGCUGGACGACGUUCUGAAGAAAAUGCUGAGGCACGUGGGACAGGACGACAACGCCCCGGAGCCGGCUUGCAACUUUGAGGACGUCAUGAGUUUGCUCUUCACAGAUGCCGGCGCGCAGGAAGUCAACAAUAUGUCUCAAAGUUUUGUUUUCUUUGAUGACGUUCACCUUCUGUCAGAGACCAUCCAAGGCGUGACGGCCACCGACACGGGGGUCCACUACCAGCAGUCAUGGCUCUGCAUACUGUGCAACCUGAAGAACCUGCAGCGUCGCCAUGUGUGCAUCUCGCGACUGGAGAGGCCUCAGAACUGGGGGGAGAACUGCUGCGAGGUCCGCUACGUCAUCCUGGUCCUUGCCCCGCUCAAGAUGAAGAGCACCAAAACGGCAAUGGAGCUGGGCAGGACUUUCGCCACACUCUUCUCGGACAUUUCCUUCCGCCAGAAACUUCUGGAGACCAAAACGCAGGAGGAGUUCAAGGAGGCGCUGGUCUUCCAGCGCCACCAGCUGACCGCCGCCAACCAGACGUCCAGCGGCACGGGCAAGGAGGAGACCGACCCCCGCAGCCAUAAGCCCCUCCGGUGUGCGGACUUCUUCCCAGCGGGCCGCGGGAUUUACGAGGACUUGUGUCGCCGCCUCCCUCUCUACGCCUCCGACUUCACGGACGGUAUCGUGGGUAACAACAAGACCCUGUUGAAGUACAUGACCACGGCCAUCUUCCUCUACAUAGUCAUCCUGCUGCCGGCCAUUGCCUUUGGCUCGCUAAACGACGAGAGCACGCGUGGCGAGAUUGACGUGAAGAAGACCAUCAUCGGGCAGUCCAUCGGGGGUGUCAUCUACUCUCUUUUUGCCGGCUCGCCCCUGGUGGUCCCGUUGACCACGGCCCCCCUCGCCAUUUUCAUAAGUGUGAUCCGCGGCAUCUGCGAUGACUACCAGCUGGACUUUCCGGCGUUCUACGCCUGCAUCGGUCUGUGGAACUGCCUGUUCCUCAUCCUGGGAGGCAUCUGCAACCUCAGCUUGGUUAUGAAGCUCUUCAAAAGGUCAACAGAGGAGGUGAUCGCGCUCUUCAUUUCGUUUGCGUUUGUGGUGGACGCUGUCAAAGGAACGGUGAAAAUCUUCCAGAGGUACUACCACGCGCCCACGAUGAGUAACGCCAGCUCUCCGACGCCGGUGUCUGGUGGCGAGUCGGACGCGUCAUCGGCACUGAAUGCACUGCCCGAGACGCUGAUCCACUGCUCGCGUGAGCGGCCCGUCCUCUGCCUGCUACUCAUGAUGGGCACCUUGUGGAUAGGCUACACACUCUACCAGUUCAGGAGGAGUCCGUUCCUGCACGCCAAAGUGAGGGAGGUGCUGUCCGACUGCGCCCUGCCCAUCUCGGUGCUUCUCUUCUCCUUCAUCGGCUCCUACCUGUUCAGAGACAUCGAGCUUCCAGUGUUUCGAAUCCACAACAAGCCCACUUUCAGGGUGGCGCCGUUGGAGCGUUUGUCGGCCUUGAACGUCCUGAGCGCCAUGGGCCUGGGCUUCUUGCUGGCCUUGCUCAUCUUCAUCGACCAGAAUAUCGUGGUGUCACUUACCAACGCCCCUGAGAACAGGCUGCUGAAGGGCACGGCGUACCACUGGGACUUGAUGCUGUCAGGCCUGAUCAACAUCCUGAUGUCGGUUCUGGGGCUGCCCUGGAUGCACGCCGCUUUCCCGCACUCCACGCUGCACGUGCGCCAGCUGGCCUUCGUGGAGCAGCGCGUCGAGGGAGGACACCUCUACGAAACCAUCGUGCAGGUGAAGGAGACGCGCGUGACAUCGCUGGCAGCCAACGUUUUCAUCGGCGCUUCGGUCCUGAUGCUCCCUCUGCCGCUACAGUGGAUCCCUAAGCCCGUCCUCUACGGCCUCUUCCUCUACAUCGCCAUCACAUCCAUCGACGGCAACCAGAUGUGCGACCGCAUGGCCCUGCUGCUCAAGGAACAGACGUCAUACCCGCCCACCCACUACAUCCGUAAAGUGCCCCAGAGGAAGAUCCACUACUUCACCUUCCUGCAGAUGAUGCAGCUGCUGGUGCUGUGCACGUUUGGCAUGUACCCCAUCCCCUACAUGAAGAUGAUCUUUCCCUUGGUCAUGAUCCUGCUCAUCCCCAUCAGGAACAGGGUGCUUCCUCACAUUAUUGAGGCCAAAUACUUGGACAUCAUGGAUGCCCAACACAUGUAGCUGCGGAGGACCGGCCAGCAUCAGAUGGAAAAACGGGUGCAAAGAAAAGACGUAUUUUGUUUGUGGCUGGAAUUCACAGACACUCUGCUCCUCGUGUGUGUACUUGAGUACUUGAAAUACUCACUAAUGCCGUGUCGGUCAGCGCGCCGUGUUUUUUGCUCCACGUGAUGUAUUCUUACGCUAUGUUGACCAGUAGUUAAAAACUAGUUCCCAAAGGUAGCGUGGAUGGACCCGACCCUCUUCCAAAACAUUCCCUUUAACUCAUUGGCUGCCAUUGACGGCGAUAGACGUCCAAUCUGGUUCAUGUGGGAGGUAUGGCCUCCCACUUCAAAUGGAUUAGACGUCCACAAAUCAUAAACUCAAGUUAAUUGAUGGCAGAAUCAUGAAAAGAGCUUUCGUGGCAACUGCCAACAUGGCCUUAGGGUGGCCAUCUUUCUAGGGGCAAUGUUCCCAUCAAAGUCAAUGUAUUAGCAUUCAAAUGAAGUCGCUCAUUUCUCAACCGAUUAUUUCAUCAACGUCAAAGCAUCUGCUAUUGACUCAGUGGCUGCCAUUGACGCUGCUAAACGUCCAAUCCGUUUGAAGCGAAUGUUCAUUCUCUGUCAACACUUGCGCUUUAAAUGGAUUGGACAUCUACUAGUAAUAAACAAAUUGGUUGGAGGGUGAAUCUUGGCAAGAGGAAGAACAAAAAUUCAGUUUGUUAAUUUACUGUCAUCCCUCCGACUUCUAACGGAUUGGACGUUUAUCGCUGUCAAUGGCAGACAAUAAAUUAUAAUAUACGUAAACACAUGCAUACAUAGUCUAUACUGUAUGUGUGUAAUUUAGAACGUCAGCAUAAACCAAAACAUUUAAUUUUAUGGCAAUUCUCAAUAUAUUGUUGCAUUUAAGAAAAAGCAAAGAAAAAAACAGCUUUAAUUGUUUCUUUGUUCAUUUUUUUGUUGUUGUUGUUUCUAAUCAAGAAACUCACAUCGUUGUCAUUGUCGGGAGUGUCGGUCCGCCAUCUUGUCUUCACAUGUUUACGUGUGGGAAAACAUUGCCCGAAUCCCCAAAAAAAUGGUGGAAAUGCAGCUAUUUUUUAAAACAGUGACGUCUCGUAAUAGUUGGGAUUAACGACGUUGUUUGCCAAAAGUAGGAUUUGUACGCAUGUUGCUUUUUCCCGCCACACCACACCAAUACACGGAGGGUCCUGGAAUGCAACGCGUGACCAUUCAGCAAUACUGUGUAUAAGAAAAAAAAAAAAGCUCAGCGAGCUGUAUUUUUCAAGAAUUUAAAAAAAAAAAAAAAAAAACAUCCCCUGGUGUUCCGUCGGACCGCGCGAGGGAAGUGCUAAGCCGACGUACGGACAUUUGCAUAAUCCUCGGAAUGAUCCUCACGGGAAAAGAGAGGAAAGAGGAGUUACGUACAAACUUUUCAUCAUCCCAAAAGUGUUUCUUGACUUUCCCUGCAGUUGUUUUUUUUUUUUUUUUUUUUUAAAUUUUUUUUUUUUUAGGGUGUAUUAAUUUUCCGUACCCAGUUUGUUUAAAUUUCUAACUAUGAAUGUGUUGUUUUUAUACGUAUAUAAUAGUGCUGUACGAUAUGAUGAUAAAUGUCCCCAAAAUUUUCUAUUGUGCAAUCAACAUUUUCCUGCAAAUUUGUGUGGAAAUUAUACCUGAAAAAAUUGAACACAUUGGCUGCCAUUGAUAGCGCUAGAUGUCCAAUCCAUGUGAAGUGGGAGGGAAGGCAGCUUUCAUUCACUGCUACCCUCCCACUUCAAAUGGUUUCGACGUCUACUAGCAAUUAAAAUUGAGAAAAGUUCGGAUUUGGCUUUUAAGAGCCACAUCAUCAAUGGCACUGAUAUCAAUAUUGUCAUAUGUCAUAAAAUGGCCCAUAUUGUGACCCCCCCACCCCCAUAUCGCACUGCACUAAUUAUACACACAUACUCUUUUAGAUGUCAUUUUUAUGUUGUGGAAAAAGAUCAGCUAUAUUUGUAAGCUGGAAUAUGAUGUAAAAAUAUCUUAAGAGAAUGUGUUGGUUUAUAUAGUAUAUAAAUACAUAAAUAUAUAAAUUGAUAUAUACAUAUAUAUACUGUACACUGAAAAGAUCUGAAGCUGUUUGCCAAAUAAAAAGUAGAAGUAA